GAGCAAAGGUAAAAAUUCAAGACGGUUACAAUGUUUUAUUUUUCGUGAAAUGCUUUAUUGGCUUCAGAGUGUAGAAACCCGAACCUUGAAAUGGCCAUCACGUGAUCUACCCCAUCGCUUACAUCCUAUUCCUUACUUCUCGUCUUGAGAACAUGGACCUUUGCUCUCAACACCGGUUAUACUGUAAGCAGUAGUAGCCAUGACGCCUGUCAAGAUUUCAUUCAGUCCAGAACCGUAUCCUGAUGGAUCCCCAGAAAUACUUCAAGAAAUCACUCAUGAUAAUGGACAUAUUUGGACUUGGACACCUUUACUUCAGCAUAAAUGUUCAUUCCCCCCCGAGAUCUUUUCGCAGGUUAUGCUGAAUUUAGUUCGGAAUCCAAACAUUAACUCUAACCAUUUAUUUCGAGCUGAUAUAUCGUUGGAACAGCAAUUUGAUGAGAAUUUUCAGAAUGAUCCCACGAUUCCUGCGAGGAUCAUUCAUUUUCGCAACUACACUUUACAAAAAGUUAUGGUAAGAACCAUGAUACCCAGAAAUAUUCUAAAAGAUAGGCCACUCGAUCAAACAUGUCUCUUUUAUACGCAAAGUAUGGAUACUGGAGAACUUCAAUCUUUAGUCAUUUAUCUCCCUCACAUAUCAUCACCUGAUGAAUCACCAUUUUAUCAUCCCAAGGUUCACGGAAUUGCCUUUCAGCAUACUUUUAAUCCUGGGACGCAGGAUGGAAAUAUUGCAAUACACUAUUCAUUUUUCGAUUCCGAACCUCGCUCUCAGAUACUUGAAAGAACCGCCGGGCAUCUAUUGGCUGCUCUGUAUAAGCAUGGACAGGGGACUGCUGCAGGAUAUGUCAAGAAGGUUCAUCAUGAUACUAUCAUAGCUCAAGCUACUGUUCAAAAUACAUAUGCUCGUCUCAAGGCCAAAUAUGCAAAGACUCUGAUUGAUAAUUGGGCUGAAGUCACAGACCCUGAAAAGCAUGUUUUCGAAGAUCUGAACAUCGCAGCAUUCCUCAUUGAACUUUGGGCCGAUACUUAUAAAGACACAGAGUUUCCAGGUUAUGUUGAUAUUGGCUGUGGAAAUGGAUUGCUCGUUCACAUUUUAUCAGAGGAAGGUUAUACAGGUUGGGGGUUUGAUGCCAGGGAACGAAAAUCUUGGAGUGUUUUCGGGCCAAAAACACGAGAAAAAUUACAAGAACUUGUCUUAAUACCCUCAAUUCUAUAUUCAGAGUCAAAUGAAAAUCAAACCUCGGGACCUGAUAUUCAUAAUGGGACGUUUCCCAAGGGAACAUUCAUUAUUUCAAAUCACGCCGAUGAGCUGACUCCAUGGACACCUAUCCUUGCGAACAUCUCGCAAUCUCCAUUUAUGAUGAUUCCAUGUUGUAGUCAUGCUCUUAGUGGCGCAAGGUAUAGAGCACCACCUCCCAAAGGAUCCGAAGGUACUCCAUCGGCUUACGCUUCUCUUGUCGCAUGGGUUGCGGGGCUUGCUGAAGGAUGUGGAUGGGAAGUAGAGAAGGAAUGGCUACGAAUACCUAGUACGAGAAAUGCAGCUUUAAUCGGAAGGAGAAGAAAAUUAGAUUAUGGAGAGAUUGAUGUACGGGAGUUUGUGGAUGCAAAUGGUGGAGCUGCAGGUUGGAAAGAGAAUGCAAUGAAGUUGGUGACGGGAAAAGCGAAAAAUCAUUGAUGGAUUCGUGUCCAAGGCUCAUGCUGUCAUCAUUUCUACCAGCCAAUAUAUCGUCACAUGCGAAACUCUUUUCCCAAACUCAAAGUGCCAGAGAUACAGUUCCUAUCUGCGAGCCAACUUUCCACGGCCCAAAAUUCUCUGUCCCGAUCUCGAAAAUGCCGAGAAAUACGCAGUUUAUCUGCGAAACCUUUCCACCAACAAGGAAACUCCAUCUGAUGAG